GAUUAACUUUGGUUUUAAACACGUGGUUAUCCGUGGUGUUUACAAGUGAACUAGGUGAGUGAAGUAUGGCAGGUUCUCAGUUAUAAGUAACUGCAAAGGCGAGGCAACGUAACGUAAUAUGAACAUACUAUGCUUCAUCGAGUGUGUAUCUGAAUUGAAGUGAAAAUAUAUUUCAUAGUCCUCAAAAUCAUGAGGCAAAAUGUGGAGUCAUCUGCUCCCGAAAGUGAGUGUCGUCGAAAGGGUGAUAUUAAAAAGUACAUGAAAAAUAAAUGGCGACAAGAAACCUUCAACAAGAAAGUUAAAGUCGAGAAGUGGGAAGAGAAGAGACAGAAGACAGCGUUACGGAAGUACUACAAACAACUUCGAAAAGAAGAUCCUGGGAAAAAUUACGUCCAUCCGGCCGAUAAGCGGCGAAACCACCGAACUAGCGAAGACAAGGUCCCGGGAGUCUCUUCACAAACAGCUAACAGGGACUCAAGUACUCUCUCUCUAAAGAAGCAUAAAGCAAGUGCCUUUAAACGAGCAUUACAAACAUUUGAGGAGAAACAACGAGAAAAAGAGGCUAAGGUGAAAAUCGUAGAGCAACAGUUGAUGCAGAAACAGUUAAAAUUAAAACAGUACAAAAAUAAACGCACCGAAAAUUUUAAAAAACUGUCCUUGAAAACUGCACGUGGUCAACCUGUUAUGGCAGGUCGCAUACAGAUGCUUUUAAGUAAAAUUGAAAAAGAUGGAUAAUCAGUAUGUGAAAAAUGUGGUUUUUUAUUUCAGUGUUCUGUUACUAUUGCAUCAUGUUGUGAAAAAUCUUCUGCAACACCAGAAGAUAUAAUUCAGUAAAAAAGACUGGUGCGUGCGUGCGUGCGUGCGUGUGUGUGUGUGUGUGUGUGUGUGUGUGUGUGUGUGUGUACCCACUUUUUCAGAAAUUUUUUCUCAUAUGUUCUUGUACUCAGCGUAAGUUGUAAGAUAGGCUGAAAAUGUCUACAUCUUAACCAAUAAUUUCAAAAAGCUGAAAUACUGUAUUUUGGAUGUGCUGUUACUGGCAGUUUGAGUGAUGGAGCACCAUUUGAGGAAAAAAUCACAUCCUGUAAAUAAAAAGUACCUCUUUGGUCA